AUGGCAAAGGCAUACAGAAAGGAAAAUUUUGAUAAAUUAAUGGCUAAGGUGGUGAAAGUUGAUCAUAGGGUGAAGGAUUACCUUGAGGAUGCUGGGUAUGAGAAGUGGUCAAGAGUUCAUUCAAUAGUAAACAGAGGUAGAAUGAUGACUUCGAACAUCGCAGAGUGUAUUAAUGGUUGCCUUGUUGAUACACGUCGGCUAACUAUAAUAGACUUCUUGGAGGAAGCUAGACUUCUAUUUGGUAGUUGGAACUAUAAAGAUAGAGAAAUAGCGUCAUAUACAAAGGACACAUUAGGCCGAAGAUUUGAGGAGGUAUUGAUUGUAAAUGCAUCUAAAAGUUCAAUGAUGAAGGUUGUUCCAUCGUUUGAAUAUAUUUUUUCAGUUUAUCAAGCCGGAAGAAGAUACAUUGUAUGCCUUGAGCGGAAAAUAUGUACGUGUGGAAGAUUUCAACUUGAUGAGAUACCUUGCGAACACGCAAUUACAGUUUUGAAGCAGAAGAAUGUUACAGAUAUGCAUCCAUAUUACUCUGAUUACUACAAGCCGGAUGCAUUAGAAAAAACCUACGAGGUUGCAAUGGUUUCAAUGCCAGAUAAGGAGGAUUGGACCGUUCCAGACUAUGUUUUAGAUAAAAUUGUCUUGCCACCUAGGUACAGAAGGUUGGCUGGACGACCAAGGAGUCGAAGAAAGAAAAACGCGGAUGAGAAGAUAACAUUGAACAAUAAUUCUUGUGGGCGAUAUCGACAAGAAGGUCACAACAGGAGUACUUGUACUUUCUUCCCGAAAGAGAAUUGA